AUGCCGAUCCCGCCUGUUCGUCGGACCAAAGAUGUCAUCGGAAAGGAUCAACAGCUGAUCAGGGGACGGUGUGGACUGUUUGGAUGGUUGCGUGCUGCCGUGCCACUCGGCCUGUGGCUGUUCCCUCUGGUUUUGUGCAUCCUGCGUACUGACCGUAUUCCGUGCUGGAAAUUUCGAUUGUCUCACAGCGUGCACGGUGAUUUGCCGGGGGCCAACGGAUUUCUUGUUCCUGACCCCAAUUCGCGUGGUGGGGUGGAGGGCGUCCAGCACUGGUCCACUCACAAUCACCCGAUGGACGGAGAUAAUAAUCUUUUAGGGACCCCUCUCCUCUCUGACUGCUCCGGCUCGAGAGACCCGACGCGGAGCUCCCUCCGCGCUAUUGACUUUUACCCAUGGAAUUCGGUGAAUCGCGCGCUCAAAAUAGCUGUGUCUGACUCCAUUUUCGAGCACUUUCGCCCUUUCGCCUCCACCCCACCCCGUGAACUAUGA